GGAGGAUAGAGGACCCAGACAGGCCUGACUCAGCCAGGUUAACGGACCGAGCUGCCGAUCAGAAGGAAGGUGUUGAUCCAGGAGGGCAGGGUGGAAAGGGACUUCGAUGGUCUUCUGCCUUUUCACAGAGAGAACGGGUCAUUGUUAUUGAACCAGCAUCCCGGCAAACUUCUAGGACUUCCUAGCUGGGGCUUCCAGUCAAGCUCAGAAUGAGGUCCCAGGGUGGGCGCAGAAGAACCGCCCCUGGCCGGGCGGAGCUGGACACCUCCUUCCCGCAGCGCUCUCAGGUGACAGGCCUGCGGGUCACUGCCCCGCCCCGCCGCGUAUUCAGGGAGGUCCGACCCGUGGCUCAGAGAGCAGUCCCUGCUGCCGGUGCGUCCGUGAACCCCGCAUCCUUGCUCCAGAACCCGCCACUCGCCAUGAUCCUCGCUCCCGCGCCCCGCAGCUUGGUCGUUCUCCUCCAGGUGCUGGGACUUGCCCUGGCUCAGAUCAGAGGUCCACCGGGAGAGCCGGGUCCUCCAGGGCCACCAGGGCCACCAGGAGUGCCUGGUUCUGAUGGCAUCGACGGCGACAAGGGACCUCCAGGAAAAGUUGGUCCUCUGGGAUCCAAAGGAGAGCCUGGCAAACCCGGGCCAGACGGGCCAGAUGGGAAGCCGGGCGUGGAUGGUUUAAUGGGAGCCAAGGGAGAGCCCGGCCCCAUGGGAACCCCUGGAGUCAAGGGUCAGCCUGGGCUCCCAGGACCCCCUGGCCUGCCGGGUCCCGGUUUUGCUGGUCCUCCCGGACCACCUGGACCCGUGGGCCUCCCCGGUGAGAUUGGAACCCCAGGCCCCAAGGGGGAUCCAGGACCAGAGGGACCAUCAGGACCCCCAGGACCCCCUGGGAAACCGGGCCGACCAGGAACCAUCCAGGGCCUGGAAGGGAGUGCAGAUUUCCUGUGUCCAACCAACUGUCCUGCUGGUGUGAAAGGACCCCAGGGGCUGCAAGGAGUGAAGGGGCAUCCAGGCAAGCGGGGGAUUCUGGGUGAUCCUGGUCGCCAAGGGAAGCCAGGCCCCAAGGGAGAUGUGGGUGCCUCUGGAGAGCAAGGCAUCCCUGGACCACCGGGUCCCCAGGGCGUCAGGGGCUACCCAGGCAUGGCAGGACCUAAGGGGGAGAUGGGUCCUCGUGGCUAUAAAGGCAUGGUGGGCUCAAUCGGAGCUGCUGGGCCACCGGGUGAAGAAGGCCCAAGGGGGCCACCAGGCCGAGUUGGUGAGAAGGGGGAUGUGGGGAGCCAAGGUGUCCGAGGACCCCAGGGGCUAACAGGCCCAAAGGGAACAACGGGUCCUCCAGGCAUUGAUGGCAAGGAUGGGACCCCGGGCAUACCUGGCAUGAAGGGCAGUGCAGGACAAGUGGGGCGGCCAGGAAAGCCAGGCCACCAAGGCUUAGCCGGUGUGCCUGGUCAGCCUGGAACAAAAGGAGGCCCUGGAGACAAGGGUGAGCCAGGCCAGCAAGGCUUCCCUGGAAUCUCUGGUCCUCCUGGGAAAGAAGGAGAGCCAGGGCCUCGAGGAGAAAUUGGUCCACAGGGCAUCAUGGGACAGAAGGGCGACCAGGGUGAGAGGGGACCAGUAGGGCAGCCAGGCCCUCAAGGACGACAGGGCCCCAAGGGAGAGCAGGGGCCCCCAGGAAUUCCAGGACCCCAAGGUUUGCCAGGCAUCAAAGGAGAUAAGGGCUCCCCCGGGAAGACCGGGCCCCGAGGCGGAGUGGGUGACCCGGGGGUGGCCGGCCUCCCGGGUGAGAAAGGAGAGAAGGGCCAGUCGGGAGAGCCAGGGCCCAAGGGACAGCAAGGAGUCCGUGGAGAGCCAGGAUACCCUGGCCCCAGCGGGGAUGCGGGAGCUCCAGGUGUGCAGGGCUACCCCGGGCUUCCCGGACCCCGAGGACUGGUGGGAGAUCGAGGCGUGCCAGGACAACCUGGGAGACAAGGAGUAGUGGGCCGAGCUGCCAGUGACCAGCACAUCGUGGACGUGGUGUUGAAGAUGAUUCAAGAGCAACUGGCAGAGGUAGCUGUGAGUGCCAAGCGGGAAGCCCUGGGUGCAGCCGGAAUGGUCGGUCUUCCAGGGCCUCCUGGGCCUCCUGGAUAUCCAGGCAAACAGGGACCCCAUGGGCAUCCUGGCCCCCGAGGCAUUCCUGGCAUCGUGGGAGCAGUGGGUCAAAUUGGCAACACUGGGCCCAAGGGAAAGCGUGGAGAGAAAGGCGAUCAAGGAGAAAUUGGACGCGGGCACCCCGGUAUGCCGGGGCCCCCAGGAAUCCCAGGUCUUCCCGGCCGGCCUGGCCAGGCAAUCAAUGGCAAGGAUGGAGACCGAGGAUCCCCAGGGGCUCCAGGAGAGGCUGGCCGACCUGGCCGGCCAGGCCCAGUGGGGCUGCCUGGCUUUUGUGAGCCUGCCGCCUGCCUGGGGGCUUCAGCCUAUGCCUCUGCUCGCCUCACAGAGCCUGGGUCCAUUAAGGGGCCGUGAGCAAGCAGCAUAGUCAGAGCCUAUUAGCAUCCUGGGUCCCAUCUAGGCAGACAUGCAUCCCAGCUCCAGCCCAGGAGGCUAGAUUUCUCAGGCCCUUGUCUGAAACCCAGGGGUUCUGAAGACAUGUUCAGUGAGGGAGGGGCUGGAGAGGGAGCACUGGAGUAAAGGGGAGGCCAGCAAAGCCAUUGGAGAGCCUCCACUCUCGAGGGAACAGAGUGGUUUUUCUUCCCGGAGUACCAACUGUUCCUCAUCCAUACCCUCUGCACUGUCCAUCCCACCCUCCGGGCAUGCAGACUGAGGCCUCUGAUGGUCCUCAUCCCAUUCUUACUGUCUGGACUUAUUUCUACUGGGUGUCUGCUGAGGGUGAGGACCCUGAGUUGGCAAUCCUUAGGCCAGCCCCACUAUUGCCUUUCUGCCUCCCAUCCGAGUAUUUAAACACCCACUCCCUUGUUUCUGCACCGCUACUUCCCAGCCCCCUUUGCUCAUACUCACUCUGGCCUUUGUGUAAAUAAAUGUUCCCAACUUGGUUACAAA